AAAUAAAUUAGUGUGGUAAAAUGCUGACAAAAUUUAACAUUAUUAUCGGUCCAUCGAUAUUUCUUGUAAUGUGCGUGCUAUCGAUGAAUAACCGUGCCUUUUGAGUAUAACAGCUUAGUGCUGCCCUUAACAUUAACAGUCUGCGUUAACAGUUUUUUUUUGACCGGCAAACGAGUAGGACGUGUGAGCGGACGUCAGCGCUGUCGUAGUAGUUGGUGUUGUUGUUGUGCGCACCUUUUUGAAUGAUGUGUCGACUGUGAAUGAGCGGCAAACACGCGUAACGGCAAUAAAAAGCAGCAAAAAAUAGUGUGCCUGCCUGAGAAACAGAAGAAGCAAUAAAAUCGUAAUUAUUACCAAUUCGUGUUCGGCGUGUUUAAUGCUGCCGUAUGAGAUGCAAAGCAUAAACCAGUUCAGAGUGCAUAAAUAACUGCCGCCCAAAACGCCGGUGUGUGUGUGUGUGUGUUUGUGUGUGUGAGCGCGGCUUACAUUCAAUUAAAAACCCGGCCAAAGUCUCGCAUUAAGGCGGCCAACUAGUUUGUGCGUGCAUGUGUGUGCGAGCGCGCGCGUCUCUGUGUGUGUGUGUGUGUGUGUGUAAACAGCUAAAAGCAAAGGAAUUUAUGUUGCCGCAGCAUCGCAGAGCCAAAAACAGAAAACAAUAGAGGCAGAGGCAAGGCAAAGGCAAAGCCGAAGACAACGUUGGAAGGAGCCGCCGUCGCCGCCAUCGCCGCAGAGGAUCCAACACCAGAAGUUGCUUGACCAGUUGCUCGGUUUUGGGAUAUUUGCGUUGUUUUCUCUCUUUAUUGGAUGGGAUACGCGCCAGUCUGAAUGAGGAGCAGGGGGAACAGCUAGCGAUAUGCCCUUUGUACAACGUAUUGUGCAGCCGGUGAAUGUGGCUCAGGCGACAGCCGCCAGUCUGGGGCAUGCCUCCACGCGAUUCCAGUGCGUGCCCGGCAAGUGCAAGAACAACAAUUGCAUCAAUAAGCAGCUGUCGGAUGAGACGGAUGCCGGCACGCCCACAUCGGCCGCAUCGCCCAGCUUGACCCGGGCGCUGGUUCAUGUUCUGCCCAAUGGCGAGUCGGACGCUGAGCCGCGCCCGCCAGCCGCGCUGCCCAUGAAGAAACUCAAGCAGCAUGUGGAGUUUUUGCCCUCGACCACGCCCACAACACCCACACCCACAUCGCCGACGCAAGCGCGUGCCUCCCAGUCGCUGCCGAAUUCGCGCCAUCCCAGCCAGCAGCGCGUGGCGCUGCCCGCACGCAACGCCAGCGCGCCGCAGUCGCCGACAGCGACCCGGAUCGUGUCCGGCUACGAGUUCGACUCGAUCAGCAAUAUAACGCUGAGCAAUGCGCUGCGCCAGCUGGCCAGCCUGGUGCUCAUUGCCAGCGACAUCUUCGACGAGCUGCAGCGGGACUUGCAGUCGGUGGGCGAGCGGGCGGGCCGUGUCCAGCGCAAAAUCACGGCCGUCGAGCGGCGCGUUUGUGCCUACGAUCCGAAAAUGGUCACAGUUCCUGAAAGCGACCUGCUCACAUUUGCACAACGUAAGCAGCACUACGAGUCGGACAAGGCAUUCCAGAAGGAGCUGUUCUCCAGUGAUACGCGACCGCACAGCGUGCGCCAGCUGUACAAGGAGGCGGGCAAGGAGUUGUUGCUCUUGUCCAGCGCAGCCAAUACGCCACGUUCCACAUCCUUCAACGGCGAUAUACAAACGAAUGACGACGUCCUGGAUGGUACAACGGAUGCGUCCUGCAUGGAGGAGUCGCUGCUCUGCUCCGACUCGGACUUUGGCAAUGCCAAUCGCAGGCUGCGCACGCGCAUCGAUGCCGAGAUUGAAAUACGCUUGCCCGCUGGCAUCGAGGAUUUGCGCAAAUGGACAUCCAGCGAGGCGCUGGGUGAUGUCACCGUCACGCCCGAUUGCAUGCACCAUGUGGAAACCUCGAUCUGCACAUCGUUGUCCUUUGGUGAUAAUGGCGUCCUAACGCCCGCACUCUCUCCGUCCGUGCUCUCCGCCGAUGCAGCCGAUGCGCUCUACGCGCUCAACAUUAGCCAAACGGCGGACGGCGCCCAUCAGCACCAUCACCAUCAUCAUCAUCUCCAGCAGCAGCAACUGCUGAUACCGAACGAUAUCAAUAAAGAUGUGCCUUUGAAUCAUCGACUGCCUUCACCCGAGGAACAAACCAAAAUAAUUGCCUUAAAAUACCCCGCCGAAGUGAUCUCGGUGAACACAUCCGGCAAGCAUUUCCAGCGGAUGUGCGCCGCUCGCAAAUCCACGACGGGCUGCUAUGCCGGCGGCGCUGGCACCGCCACGCCCAGUAGCGGCAGCCCCGAGGAUAACCAGACGGAGGCCAACAAUCUGGAUGACAACGUGCAGACGGUCAGCAGGCGAUCGAGAUCGCGCAAGGUGCGCGGCAAGCGUCGCAACACCAUAGCGGGCAUCGACCAGAAGGAGAUACAGGAUGCGGCCAAUGGCAAUGCGGAUUCGAAGCAUCCAUCGAAUGCCACAUCGCCAGCGCCCGCGGCAACUGUGGAUACCACAAAGAAAUCCAAGAAAUUCGGACGCAGCAAGUCGAGCGACAUCUUAAAAAAGGAAUCUGUUGCCUUGCCCUACGACAAGGGCAAGAGCACGCUGACCCGCCUCAACUCGCUGAAGCAAUGGGGCCGCAAUCGGUUCAAGUUUAUGCAGCGCAAUGGCGAGCUGAGCGGCGUUGGCGAGUCGAGCCAGCUGGAUACCAGCGGCUGCAGUUCGCAGAACAGCUCCACAGAGAAGCCGGAACCGAGCCACGGCCACGGCCAUGGCCACUCGGUGCCAGCGCCGUCAGCCAACGCUGGGCUCAAGUCCAAGCGCGACGCGACCCGAGACAUUGACGAUGAGUGCGUGGUGCAUGAGCUGAUUGCCAAGAAGAGUGAAUCUCGGUUUUCGCACGAACGAAAACCCUCGUAUUCCUCGUCGGAGAAGAGCAUGAGCGUAUCCAGCAGCGGCCAGCUGCGCGGCAAGCUGCAGUUGUCCUCACUGGCGGCGUCGUCGGCGGCGCAUGUCAAGAUGCGUGAAACGGCCACACUAAACCGACAGCGACGCAAUGGGCUACAUCGCAUGGACGCGGCUGGCAAGGAGGAGCAGCCGCACUCGUCGAGCGGCAACUGGAGCGCCAGCUCAGAGUCGGGACGCGCCUCGAUUGGCAGCGAGAUAACCAUGCAGCCGAAGUCAAGCGCCUCGAACACCUCGCUAAAUGUGUCCAGCUUCCAGCCGUGCAGCAGCAGCGGUCCGCCCUCGUCCAUGCUGAGUCGGCGCCGUUUCCUCAACACCUCCGCCUCGAGCAGUGUGACCAGCGAGGGCACUGCCACGCCGGAGCUGCAGGGCGAUGCGGGCGGUUAUCCCAAUCAUCUGGACGAUGAGACCAGUUCCGCAUACAGCUGCGACACGGAGGGCUACUACACAUCCUUCCACAUGGACAGCGGUCUGCGCACGCUGAAGGAGGAGGAGCCGCCGAUGACGCCGCUGCAGCAGAGCCUGCACACAAGCAGCUACUCCUUUGGCAGCCAAUCGAAUCAGACGGUGCUUAAUGCGGAGAAUGAAUAUGAGCUAUAUGGACGUGGCUCCACAUCGACCACAACCAGCUCCGCGGGCACCGUGUGCACCACAUUGAUGAAUGUGGCCGUCUGCACCGGGCCGGAUGUGCCCGAACGCAGCAGCUCGCUGGGCAAGCACAGCCAGAGCCACAGCAACAGCAACAGCGCCAGCAGCAGCACCCUGGAGCGCAGCUACAGCAGCAGCACCAUUGGCAGCACGCUGGAGCGAACGGGCACCAUAAAGAGGAAUGUGAAGCUGUCUGCCAAGACGGAGGAUGCAGUGCAGCAACAGCAACAGCAGCUGCAGCAGCAGCAUCAUGCGGAAGACGGCGCGUCACGCUCGGCGCAGCCGUUGCCCGCCGACUUAGAGUACUCGGAGUGCUCAGAUUUGGAGGGCGUGGAGCGCAUCGAGCGCAUCAAACAGAAGACGGCAAUCAAUGCAAAGCGCAUACCCUCCAUGUGCAUCAUAACGCCCACCACCAGCGACGAUGAUGAGCAUCAGUCGCAGGAUGCGGAGCGUACGCUGACCAGCCUGCAGCUGGACGUCGACACGGAAUCGGAUGUGCCCGAGCAGUUGACGCCCACCAACAAUGGCAGCAGCAGCAGCAGCAGCAGGGACCACAACCUGAACGAGCUGAAGCACACACCAACAAAAGCUCUCGGAGGCAUGCUCGAAAAGCUGCGAGUCGUGUUGCCGGCAGCCAUCAAAAGGUCACCGGGCAAAAGCUGCUCACCACCAAAGCCCGCCGCGGCGAGCGCUGUGGAUGACGAUAAGCUCUAUGACCUGGCGGGCGAGUAUGUGACUAUAGCAGAUAUAAGCAACAACAACAACAACAAUCGCAACAACAACAACAACAAUAGGCAGCACAAUCGCGCCAAAAACAACCUCGCCAUUUACUAUUCCAAUGACAUAGUUAGGAGGGUGGCGCCCGAGCAGGCAGCGAAUCAACAACAACCCUCGGAGUACGUUUCGCUCAACGAGCUGCCUCAGCAUUUGCGUCGGCAUGCGGCAAGCGGCGGCAGCAAGAGCGAAGCCUGCGCAGAGCAGCCAGCUGUCGCAGCUGCUGCUGCUGGUUCUGGCAACCCUGCCGGGGCGGGCGGGCUGAGCGGUGAGAGCGGCGUGCCCAUGUACGCGGAGAUCAGCGAACUGCGCGAGGAAAAGUCGCUCAUCUCGCCGAGCGGCGGGCAGCGUCGGGUGCGCACAACUGCCGAGGGUCGCAUCAUAUACGAUUCGGACAGUCUGAAGCGACGCAAGGGAGCGCACACCACCUUCGCACCUGGGCCGUAUGUAAAGGAAACCGAAAGUGCGCUGCUCAGUGCAACGCGAGACGCCACGGGUGAAAGUGCAACAGCAGCAGCCGCGGCAGCAGCAACAACAAAGAGCGCCAAAUUAUUGUUAUUAAACGGCGGCAUCGCGGCCAAUCGCAAGGUGGCCAAUGUGCGCCCAAUAUUAGCCAAAUCGCCGCUCAGCAAAAUGACCGCCUAUCAGCCGGGCAGCAGCUAUCAGGAGCAGAAGCAACUGCUGGCCAACAAUACGAAUCCAUUUUACGAGACAAUUACGACGCCUGUGGCCACAGCCGGCAUGAUGCCCUCGCCCUCCAGUAAAUCGAAUUCAUCCACUGGCUCCACGGCAACCAGUUCAUCAUCGGCCACAACUACCGCCUCGGCUAGCUCUGCGGAAGAAGGUAAGAAUCUGCGAACAGCAACCCAACAACAACAACAAGAACAACAACAGCAACUGCAACAACAACAACCAGAGCAACAACAACUGCCACAUCAGCAGCAACAACAAUUGAAUGCCAGUUGCAGUGAUUUUGUUAACGUAACCGCUUUGACGCACCCAAACCAAAUCCUUGCUAUUGUAAAUAAUACGCUACUACACUCUACUACCACAACAACAACAACUUUUAACAACAACAACAACAACAACAACAGCCACUCAAAUUUGUUGCUGAGCAAGUCAAAAUUCGCAUCAAUGAGCAGCAUUUCAUGUGUACAGCCGAUUCCCCCCACAGCUUGCGGCACGCAAGUGAGGGUUGCUGCCACGCCGUCAACUAACCCCCAAUUCAGCCCCCAUAUAAAGUCAGCCCCAGUCCCAGCCCCACCCCCACCGCUGCCGCCCCGAACGAAAGUAAAUGGCAUAGCUGAAGCUGCAAUACGCACACCCACACCCUCGCCUCCACCCCCGGUUGAUUUGGCAACUGCCGCCGUUUUAUCGAUUGACCCAAUUGCUGAAACGCAGUUUUCCAUUUCGAAUGCAACUGCCCCCAAACCUAGCCCCAACCCCACUCUCUCUCCCACUCAGAGCAAAUGUCGCUCUGUCGCGCUCAAGCGCAACAACAGCUAUAGGCUGGCCAACGAUGAGCUGAAGCUGGAAAUGAAUAAGGAAAACUGUUUGUCAUCGACUCCACCUUACGGUGCAUUGCCCCCUAUGUUGCAUGCAACAAGUUCGCUGAAACUGCGCAACCUGAGCAAUAUGCAAUUGGUGUCCACCACACCAAAUGCUGGCUGCCCCGCUGAGCGCAAGAUAGCCAAGUCCUUUGAGCGACUGGUCGAUGAGUUUUCGCUAUCGACCACCACAUGCAUUGACUCCUCCUAUUUGAAGAACAAAUCGCUCGAGAACUUUGAUGAUUCACCCGCAUUGCACACGACCAGCAUGCCAGACGAGGGCGAGCAGCCAGACAAUGACACUGCCUGUGACUCGGAGGAGGACGGGGAGGAGGAGGAGGCGGAUGAGUUGGUGGCGCCACACAUGCAGUUGCCACCCACACCUCACAGCAGAUACCACAAAUCGUUUGUGGAGAGCGUCUUGCUGCGACCCUUUAAAAUCAUUUUGCCCAAUGAGGAUAACGGCGCUAGACGCCAACGGCUCCUGCAAAAGUUUGAGGUUACGGAAAUCUGGUAGCAGAUCGGCUCAUUAGCUUGUCUUUAACUUGACCUUUAGUUAAAAUAUAGCAGCAGUUAGACCAUUUCACUCGUGCCUCGCCUUGCCACACGUUGUCAAGUGGGUGUCUUGAGCAAACAGCACACGGUAAUUGUCUAUCUUAGCCAGGCAUAUGCGGCCUGCCAGCCUUUUUUAGUCUCAGUCUACACAGACUCCGUCUUUGUUUCGUACGUGUUCAAUGGGCUAGUGUUGCCGGAAGCGAAGUUUUAAUAGUCCCAGCCGCUGUUUAGUCACAGGUUCAAUGCCCAAGCUCGCUCUAUUCAACGUCUUGGCCGCCGACGAAAAAUGUACUGAAAACUUCUCUAGGAGUUACGCUUCUGCAGCCAACUUAACGCGUGGUCAGCAGCAACUAACUUAACACGUACGUUUAAAAUAUCAGUGCUGCCAGAUCGUUGCAAACCGAGUUCGCCGUUGCAAAAGAAGCAUAAAAUAUGGAAAUUAUGUCAGUCCUUCCACUUCUCUAUUACUGUACACUUGAAAUGCUAGCUUUUUAAUUUAUUACAUUUAAUAGUUAUCUAAUGUUUGUUAUUAACAUAUGUUUAUUCAAUUAGCACUUGCUGCAAACCUUACAUAUAUUUAAUUUGCUCUGAUUUACCGCCUUGGGAGCAUAAACAAUUUCUUGAAUGAUUUUGAUUUGUUUCACUAACUGUUUUUUAACAAUCACCUUUAAUUAAGUGUUAUGUGUGUGUACUUAAACUAUAUGUUUUUUAUAUGUUUUAACUGUAACUAAUUAUAAAAUACAUAAACUUAUUCGUUCUAUUAACAUUACAACAA